AUUGGAGUGGAGUUUAUUAGGAAUGAUAUCGAGUAUAGAGUUUACGCUAACAAAGAGGUUAUCGUUUCCGGCGGUGCCAUAAAUAGCCCACAAUUACUAAUGCUAUCAGGAAUCAGUCCCAAAUACCACUUACAAAGUCUUGGUAUACCAGUAUUACUAGAUCUACCGGUUGGUGACAAUUAUGUAAAUCAUCCCAGUUUACAAUUAAAUCCUAAGAUUAGACCCGAGUACUUGUAUCUCACAAAUGAACUGGCACAGAUAAACAUAAAACAAUUGAGCCAAUUAUACUACGAGCAAGGUGGUGUACUCGCACAACGUCCAUUCGCAGCUUUAAUUUACAGCACAAAAAAUAACCAAGAUAAGCAUUUCCCAAAUGUAAAUCUAUUUUAUCAUACAUUCAAUGGCACAUUAUGGACCACACCUAAUAUGGUCCGGGUCAAAAGUCGUGGAACAGUACGUCUACAGUCAACCAAUCCGAGGGUUUACCCACUAUUGCGCCCAAACUUUUUGACCGACCCGGAUGAUGUUGAAAGUAUUUUAGACGCUGCCAGGCUCAUAUUUUAUAUAUUUGAAAAGACAAUAAUGGCUCAAUAUGUUAUUUUACCCAAAUUAUCGGACUAUGGCUGUCCGGUGUUCACCGGGAGGUAUAUUCACGAGUGCACAGAGGGGUUGAUGUGUUGGAUAAAGUAUAACUCAGUCACGACUUAUCACGUGUCCGGCAGUUGUCGUAUGGGCUCAAUAGACAGACCCGAUGUUGUGGUCGACCCCCAGUUGAGGGUUAAGUACGCGAAGAACCUCAGGGUAUGCGACGCCUCUGUGUUUCCAAUGGUUCCCAAUUCUAACACAGCGUCCGCAUCUAUAACCGUUGGCUACAAGUGCUCACAAUUUAUUAAGGAUUGCUAUGAUUUAAAG